GCUUUCUAACGACACACCUCAUAGUUCGAUAGCUUCUAACAUGGUGCAAAACAGAAGCAGUGACAACCAUUCCGGACUCCCAUCUCAAAUUAUGAAGAAAUCGUCGAAUGACUUUGAAGUUGCAAUGCUCCUGGCACAAAACAGAACCAUGCCAAUAACCAGUAUGGGAAUUAACACAACAGUUGCGACAUCACACCAUAGCCAGCAAGCUGUUCCGAUGACAUCCAAUCCAACCAUGUUUCAGAUAGGCAUUCAUUGCAAACAAGAACCAAUUGAUGUUGUAGGAAUAUCUGACAGCUCAGUCAGUUCACCAUCUGUAUCUGAGACGAGCUCUGAUGGAAGCGACUCAAAUCCACGUCGGAAAAAGGCACGUACUGCGUUUACCAACGAACAGAUUGGUCUAUUGGAGAAGAGAUUCCGUCUUCAGAAGUAUCUUUCGGCCACAGAGCGAGUGGAAUUUGCCGAAUCAAUAGGGCUCACUGACACACAAGUCAAAACCUGGUUUCAAAACCGUCGUAUGAAGUGGAAGCGACAGAAGAAAGAUGGCGACGACGUUCCUCACCACGUUGGAGUGUACCCCUACCCUAUGCAGUACCCAUCACAUCCUGGUCUUUCUAGCAUGGUGUCUUCUCCAUCCAUGUUGCCCCAGCAACCGACGCCAAUGACGACAGUUAGACUCUCAUCACCACACAGUCAAAUGUCGUCUCCGUACCAGAUUCCAACGAGCUCGUAUCCGCCAGUUAGCGUUGCGUCGUCUGCGUCGAGAACAUGUGCACCACCGCUUCCAAGUUAUUGCUCUCCCCUUACGUCAUCCCAACUAAGACCAAUGACGGGACAUUAUGAUAUUCCACCAGUCAUGUACUGAUAACGUGACCUAAUACCAAUUAUGACCCCUGUAUCUUGCAUUGUUAAGAUUACCUAAGUUUUGUAUUUUCAACUUCAUUUUUAAUAAUGUGCAAUUUUCAGCGCUGCAAACGUGUAUUUACAAAUAUUUUUUUAAAUAAAUUAAAUCUUUUGAAACUUUUAAAAA